AUGUUUCAACUCGCCCUCCUCCUCCUCCUUCUCUCCACGACUCUUAGCGCCUGCAGUGGAAAUAGUGGGAAGGUGUCAACUGUACGCAAUCUUCUCACCAUCUACACCCUCACCACCGAUGUUGUCUGCUCAUCCGACGCCAUGAGGGUGUACAACUUCACGCACAGCGUUGCUGCAGCUGUGUGCUACGUGCGCUCCCUGAUGCCCUCCGACAAUGAGACGCUGUUCUCUGCUCAGUUGGAGUACCUGUGGGUGCCAGGCUGUCUGGUGCAGCAGGCCGUAAGAGCAGGCUGGAUUUUUCGAGUUCUGCAACACCUACAGGAAAAGGCGUCCAGCUCAAAAGGUUUCAGCGUGUUGCUGGGACCUCCUUUUUCCAGUGACUGCAACAUGGUGAACGAGUGGAUGAACAUCGGAGACCCCAACGUGCAGCAAAGGGCUCAACUGUACCAGAUUUCUUAUUGCUGUCAAGUACUGGGUUCCACUUCUCUCUUCGUCAACUACUUUCCCAACACCGAUCGUGACAGCCUCGCUCCACCCAUCUCUGCCGUCUCCAUAAUGGUUCAACGCAAGACCAUUCUACAAGGCGUCCUCGUUUACCUCAUCAGCAAGGGCUGGAAACGCAUUGCCACCUUCUACGAUAUCUACACCACCAUUCCUGACAUCCCGGAGACGCUCAACUCAAUCUUAUCCACACUUCACCUCUCUCAAAACAGCUAUAGCGCGCUUCGACUCUUAACCAGUGUAGGUAUCAAAUCGACGACAAACUUUACGAGCUUAUGGCAACAAUUCGAAGGUCAAUUGGAUGUGGUACUGAUACUAGCAAGAGCGGCACUGGUAGUUAACUUCAUGAAGGACAUUCAGAACUCUGUCGACAUUAGGCGAGGAAGGUUAGCACUUCUCCACUUGGAUCCUACGGACAUGUUCACCUACGAUGUCUUGCGACAAUGA